AUGUCUCAACAGUACCCUCCCGGGCAGGAUGGCUACGGUCAGCCGGCUCAAGGCCAGUCCUACGAAAACUACGAGACCGAGGCGCCCCCUGGAGUCGCCCCAGCACCACCACCAGGCCCUGCAACGACUGGUGGACGGAAAAAGAGGGCGUACGCUGGUCAAGCAUACGAGUUCGGAGCAGGUGCGAAUGCCGCGCUAGGAGGCCAGCAGCCUGGUGGUGCUGCUGCUGCAGCACCGUACAGUGGCUAUUCCGCCCAGGCGGACGCUGCGGGAUAUGCACAGGGCGGAUAUGCUCAGAACCCUGCUGCAGUUCAGCAGGGCGCGACACCCAUGUAUGGCCAUCAAGACGCCGGAGUGGGAGGCUAUCAGCCGCCUCAGCCAGCAUACCCAGUACAAGCCCAGCAAGCGGGUGUGCCUGGUAUGACUCAGCAGUUCGGCCAGAUGAAUGUCAGCCAGCAGCAGGCGGCGCCGCAGCCGCAACAGCAGCAGCUGAAGGCCCCCCAGCUCAACGUUCUGUACCCUACAGACCUCUCGAAUCAACCUUUCAAUGUGGCAGAACUGGACUAUCCACCACCUCCUGCAGUCCUCCCAGCUAACACGAGUGUCACACCCUCACCGAAUGCCAAUUGUCCACCAAAAUUUGUCCGGUCGACACUCAACGCCAUUCCCACGACGCACUCCCUGCUCAAGAAAUCGAAGCUGCCAUUCGCGCUGGUAAUCCAACCAUACACCUCGCUCCACGACAACGAAGACCCUGUACCAGUCGUACCUGACCAAGUCAUCUCUCGAUGUCGACGAUGUCGGUCAUACAUCAACCCUUUUGUGACUUUCCUGGACCACGGCCACCGAUGGAGAUGCAAUAUGUGCAGUCUGACCAAUGAUGUGCCUCAGGCUUUCGACUGGGAUGCUACGACUCAGAAAGGACUGGAUAGGUGGCAGCGGCCAGACCUCAACUACGGUGUAGUCGAGUUCAUUGCUCCGCAGGAGUACAUGGUCCGGCCGCCUCAGCCACUAGUGUAUCUGUUCCUGAUUGACGUCAGCUACGCGGCUGUGACCAGCGGUCUCCUGGCGACUACGGCGAGAUGUGUUCGCGAGAGCCUCGACAGGAUACCAAAUGCUGACCGACGAACGCGGCUCGGCUUCAUCGCCGUCGACUCGAGCCUACACUUCUUCAACAUCCCCAGAGACGAUCAAGAGAACGCGGAGACCAGCAUGCUCGUGGUCGCAGAUCUGGACGAGCCAUUCCUUCCCACGCCCAACGACUUGCUAGUCACGAUGACGGAAGCUCGCGAGAAUAUCGAGAAGUUCCUGGAUAAGUUACAGGAGAUGUUCCAAAAUACACAGAACGGAUCUUCUGCCAUGGGGUCCGCUCUGAGGUCUGGACACAAGUUGAUUGGGCCCGUCGGUGGUAAGAUGACGGUCAUCACCGCAUCCCUCCCUAACAUUGGCCACGGCCGACUGGAAAUGCGGGAAGACAAGAAGCUCUUAGGCACAUCGAAAGAAAGCAGUCUCCUCGGCACUUCGAACAGCUUCUACAAGAGCUUUGCGGUGGAGUGCUCGAAACAGCAGAUCUCGGUGGACAUGUUCCUUUUCUCGUCACAGUACCAAGACGUGGCAUCGCUAAGCUGUCUACCAAGAUACACUGGAGGUCAGACGUUCUUUUACCCUGGCUGGAAUGCAGCCCGUGAGGAGGACGCUAUGAAGUUUGCGAAGGAGUUCUCUGACUACCUCUCCGCUGAGAUCGGACUCGAGGCUGUGCUUCGUGUCCGAGCAACCACCGGGCUACGAAUGAGCACGUUCUACGGCAACUUCUUCAAUCGAAGUUCAGAUCUGUGCGCCUUCCCAGCAUUUCCACGCGAUCAAGCGUAUGUUGUGGAAGUGGCGAUCGAUGAGACAAUCACGAAGCCGGUGGCAUGCAUGCAAGCAGCGGUGUUACACACGACCUGCAAUGGCGAGCGGCGUAUUCGCGUCCUGACACUGGCGCUACCAACGACACAGAAUCUGGCCGAUGUAUACGCUUCUGCCGAUCAGCAAGCUAUCACGACGUACUUCAGCCACAAAGCUGUUGAGCGAACACUUAACGGUGGCCUCGAGAGCGCUCGCGAUUCGAUACAAGCUAAGCUGAUAGAGUUGCUCCAGACAUACAAGAAGGAGCUGGCUGGCGGCAGUAUGGGAGGCGGCGGUCUGCAGUUCCCAGCAAAUCUUAGAGGCCUCCCGAUCUUGUUCUUGGCACUGAUGAAGAAUUUGGGUCUUCGCAAGUCUUCACAGAUUCCCAGCGAUAUGCGAUCAGCAGCGCUGUGCUUGCUUUCGACACUGCCGCUGCCUUUACUGAUUCAAUACAUCUACCCGAAGAUGUUCUCGUUACACGACAUGCCAGACGAUGCUGGCACAGUUAACGAACAGAGCGGAGAGAUCAUCCUGCCACCACCAGUCAAUCUGUCAUCAGAGCGCCUGGUACCAUACGGACUUUACCUCAUCGACGAUGGUCAGACACAGUUCCUGUGGGUUGGUCGUGACGCGGUGUCACAGCUGGUCAACGAUGUCUUCGGCCUACCAGACAAGAGCCAGCUCAAGGUGGGCAAGCAGCAUCUGCCUGAGCUCGAUAACGACUUCAAUGAACGGGUUCGGGCGGUCAUUAGCAAGAGCCGCGACCACAAGUCCAAGGGGGUGGGCUCUAUCGUGGUACCGCACUUGUAUGUCGUCAAGGAAGACGGCGAGCCUGGGCUACGGCUGUGGGCACAGACCAUGUUGGUAGAAGAUAGGGCGGAUCAGGGUGUCAGCCUGCAGCAGUUCAUGGGCCAGAUGCGCGAAAAGGUCAUGCAGUGA